CUCUGCUUUACGGUAAGAACACGUGACGUAGCAGCGCACCUCCAGUUUGGAAGGACACCAAGCGGCUGAAGCGCCUCAGGUCCAAGGACGGAGAGGAGCCUCAAACCGCGCACAGGUGCUCCCAGCUGGCGACGCGCUCCUCCUCACACACAGCGGAUCUGCUUGGACGGUCCAGAAUGUCGGGCGUCAAGAGGGCCCCAGCUUGUUCUGACAAGUCUACAGAAAGCAGGAAAACGGAACCGAGGAUCAAAGAGAAAAAAUCAUGGGCGUCCUAUAUGACAAAUUCGCCAACAGUGAUCGUAAUCAUCGGCCUGCCUGCUAGAGGAAAGACCUACAUGUCGAAGAAACUCACACGAUACCUGAACUGGAUCGGAGUCCCAACCAAAGUGUUUAACUUGGGUGUGUACCGUAGAGAGGCAGUCAAAUCGUAUAAAUCCUAUGAUUUUUUUCGCCACGAUAAUGAGGAGGCAAUGAAGAUAAGGAGGCAGUGUGCCGUGGUGGCGCUGCAGGAUGUGAAGACGUACCUGACGCAAGAGGGAGGUCAAAUUGCCGUGUUCGAUGCCACAAACACCACAAGAGAGAGGCGGGACAUGAUUCAAACUUUUGUCAAAGAGAAUGCAUUCAAGGUGUUCUUUGUGGAAUCUGUGUGUGACGACCCAGAAGUCAUUGCUGCCAACAUUCUGGAAGUAAAAGUAUCGAGUCCAGAUUACCCGGAAAGACACAGAGAAAGAGUGAUGGAGGAUUUUCUCAAACGAAUCGAGUGCUACAAGGUCACUUACCAACCACUAGAUCCCGAUGACUAUGACAAGGGUUUGUCCUUUAUCAAGGUGAUUAAUGUCGGUCAGCGUUUCCUAGUGAACCGGAUCCAGGACUAUAUUCAGAGUAAGAUCGUUUACUACCUCAUGAACACCCACGUGCACUCUCACUCCAUCUAUUUGUGUCGGCACGGAGAAAGCAUCCACAAUGUAGAAGGUCGCAUUGGAGGAGAUUCAGAACUUUCUCAGAGGGGGAAACAGUUUGCUCAAGUCCUGAAGAAGUUCAUCGAGGAGCACAAACUGUCCGAUUUAAAGGUGUGGACUAGCCAGCUGAGGAGAACCAUCCAGACCGCAGAGGAACUUGGUGUCCCUUAUGAACAGUGGAAGAUUCUCAACGAGAUUGAUGCUGGAGUGUGUGAAGAGAUGUCCUACGAGAUGAUCCAGAAGACUUUCCCAGAAGAGUUUGCGAUGAGGGACCAGGACAAGUACAACUAUCGCUACCCUGGAGGAGAGUCCUACCAGGACCUUGUUCAGCGCUUGGAGCCCGUCAUCAUGGAGUUAGAGCGGCAGGCCAACGUGUUGGUCAUCUGUCACCAAGCAGUGAUGCGGUGUUUGCUCGCCUACUUUCUGGACAAGAGCGCAGAUGACCUUCCAUACAUGAAAUGCCCACUCCACACGGUGCUCAAACUCACACCUGUCGCUUACGGCUGUAAAGUGGAAAUGUUUUACCUAAAUGUGCCGGCAGUAAACACACAUCGGGACAGACCUAUUGGUAAAAUUCCAUGGGGCCAUGCUCCCAUACUCCGACGGAAUAGUUACACUCCUUUGUGUAGUAAUGACCAGCUCAAGCGUCCCAGGCUCUACAGCGUCGGCAACCAGCCAUGGCUCCCAGCCACUCGCACACCGCCGGCUCUGAUGCCCGAUGAAGAGCAGUGCCAGGAGUCACUUUGUGAAAAAUUCACCUUUGAGAGCACAGAAGAAAGUGAUGGCAUCCGCUACUGAGUGACAAGACUGAAAGGACUGGGUGGUCGAAGGCACUGCGUAUAGAAAUGACAUUCAUGGGAAAAGAAAGGUGUGCUAGACUGUGCUCAAACACAGUUGAACAAGACUACAGAGUGCGUUUGUAAGAGAAUUCACUAAAAAUGCACAGGACUGUUCACAGGCAGUUGCGCAUAUUGAAACUUGUGAAAUCUUGUGAAAUCAUUCACAAAAUCACAUACCUUUUGAAUUUAUCAUUCAAAUUUUGAUGAAUAAAUCUGAUUGUGCUUAUCAUUGACUAGUUUCAUUUACCUAAAGUAUGUAGUUACUCAGAUAUUUACAUCUCAAAUGAUAUCACAUUUUUUGAAACACCCUGUAUAUUGUUGACUGCCUUGACUUCAGAAACCCAUAAUAAUUUAAACUUGCAAUGCACAUUCUUGUUUUUUUUUUCUUCUUUCUUUCUUUUUCUUUCUUUCUUUCUUUCUGUAUUAAACAUGUAUGUUGUACAGUCAUUGUGCCUCAUAAAAGAUGAGUUCACGUUAUAAAUCAUUGAAAGCUCAAUGUUGCUGUGGCAUUCAUGUUCAAGAAAAUUUUCUGUAAACCUUGAUCACGACUGUAAUGUCUCUGUUAAUCUUUUGCUGUUCUUGUUUGUGUGGUCUGCUGAAGAUGAUAUUGUCAUAAAACAUUUUGAAAUUCAUUAA